AUGAAUGUGUCGGCAGAGCUCUGUUUUCUAGCAUGUUUAAUUCUGACUGUAGGCUUGACUUUGGGUUUGGGGCCAAACCAAAACAUGGAAUUUACAUUUCUAUUACGAGCUGGCACUACAGAGUGUUUUUACCAAACCACCGCGAGGAAUGACAGUAUGGAAGUUGAAUACCAGGUAAUAGCUGGGUCAGGUCUGGAUGUUGGUUUUGCCCUCAUCUCCCCCAGCGGAUAACGACUGGUCUCUGACUUCAGGAGAUCUGAUGGCAUUCACAUGGUGGAUCCUACGGAGGAUGGAGACUACAAGUUGUGUUUUGACAACAGCUUCAGUAAACUGUCAGAGAAGAUGGUGUUCUUUGAGGUGAUCAUUAAUAGUCAGAGCAGCGCAGGCCAAGAUGAGUGGGCGGACAUAGCCAUGCCAGAGAGCAUGGUGGAUUACAAACUGGAGGAUAUCAGGGUGAGGAUGGACUCUGUGUACCGCCACCUGGAGAGGAGCCGUCAGACCCAGACUGUGCUGCGUGCCUUUGAGACGAGGGACCGCUACCUUCUGGAGGACAACCUGUGGCGGGUGUCCUUCUGGUCCUGCCUCAAUCUCCUUGUCAUGCUCACCGUUGCUGUCACUCAAAUCUACACCCUGCGACGCCUCUUUGAUGACACCAAGCAGAUCCGCACGUAA